UCUUAAUCAGUCUUGUCUUUGGCUUCUUAAAUUAUUGUGCAAGUUCCUAAAUUUGUUUUUAGAUUGGUGGUGGGGAAACUAUUUAUGUAAUUUUAUUAAUUUAAUGGGUUGUUACCAGUUGGAUUUUCUUGAUCGUAAGGUGUAAUCAGCCUCUGGGUUGUUUUUGUUUUGGAUUGUUUUGGUUUUUUUUUUUUUUUUAAAUUUUUGCAUGCAAAUUUUUCUCUGUACCAUUAUUUAAACAUUUCUGUCAACAGCUUAUUUUGUCCACUGCCCUGCUGAAAGUAACGGUUAUAUCAUUAGUUGAUUUAAAGACUAUACAAUUCUUUAGGUGAAUUGACAUUUUGAAUUUUUAUGGUUUUGUUUUUUCGUUUUUCUUGAUUUUUCAACAAUAUCAUCUCAUCUUUGCUGUAUUUGUAUGAGAAAAUUUAGACUUGGGGGAAGGACCACCGAGUGUAUUUUUUCGGCAAGUUGCGGUUGUGGAUGUCUGUUGAACGUGUUCAUACUUUCCUGUCCUUUCUGUUUGGUCAUAUCUUAUUAAUCUUCCUUGUAUUUGGCACCAAACGGUUUACCACUAGAGCUGUUUGAAAAGCUUUUCAAGCCUCUUAUAUAAACAUGAAUCCUUUGAACAGUGAGGGUCAGAUUCUUGUUCCUGCUUCCGUAUUUAAGCACUUGUGCUUCCGUAUAUAAACAUCGAAGGAUUGCUGUUUCUAAUUUGGGGUUCUAUUUAAAGAUCUUGAUCUUGGCACAAUGAGAAGGAGAGGAAAGCGUUCUGAGCAGGCCUUUUGGCCUUCCAUUGUGAUGAAGAAGUGGUUAAACAUAAAGCCAAAGGUCUAUGAUUUCAGUGAAGAUGAGGUUGAUACAGAAACUGAAAGUGAAGAUGAUGCUUGCUCUCUUAAAGAUUCAAGAGAGCACAUGUGUGAGGAUCAUGACCGUAGAACUCAGGGGAUCCAGUCAGAGUGUGGAACUCGAAUUUCAGAUAUGCCUGCUAAGGGCUGUAUGUUGAGGCACAGGAGAGGGAAAUCAGAAACACUGCGUGCUCAAUACAUAAAGACGAAGGAUGUGAGGGUGACAAUAGGCACUUGGAAUGUUGCUGGAAGAGUUCCAUAUGAAGAUCUUGAUAUUGAUGAUUGGCUUUGUACACAAGAGCCAGCGGAUAUUUACAUUAUUGGCUUCCAAGAGGUAGUCCCUUUGAAUGCUGGGAAUGUGCUGGGAGCAGAGAGUAGUAGGCCAAUUCCGAAAUGGGAGGCAAUCAUUCGCAGAACUCUGAACAAAUCUUUAGAACCUGAGAGCAAACACAAAAGCUACAGUGCCCCACCUUCUCCAGUAUUAAGAACUUCUUCUGUUGCUGAUGUCCUUGCAGAUGAGAUCGAUGAUCUACCACUGGGAAUUACUAGUGAAGAAUUUGCCAAUAUUGCAGAUUCUGACUAUAAAGGCGAAAAUUUAAAUAAAGUUAAUGUUAUUGGAAAAAAAUUACAUUUAAGAAGAUUAUAUGGGAUCGAUUGUGACAGUAGGCUAGACUGGCCUGAACAUUCGUUAGAUGCAACUCCUCAGGUUGUCUCUUCCAAUUCAAAAUUGCGGAGAGUAUUGAGCAGUUCUCCUAGAAUUGGCUUUAAUUGGACAGACAAUCCUCUGGUAUUUAGUCCUCAAAAUUUUGCAUUGAAUGGAAGUAGCUUAAAAAGAUCAUACCAUAGCUCUGGAAACCUAUUAUACUCCCCCUGGAUUGAACAGCAAGAGGAACCUGAAGUUGAUGUUCUAUCUGAAAUAUCUGAUGAGGAAGUUGAUACGUUCUGUGAAGCACCCACGGAGCAACAUGAUAAUGGAGUCAUCUGUGGAGCCAUGAAGCAUCAUAAAUAUGUGCGAAUUGUCAGCAAACAGAUGGUUGGUAUAUACAUAUCCAUUUGGGUGCGUAAGCGGUUGAGGAGACAUAUAAACAAUCUAAAGGUCUCUCCCGUUGGAGUUGGGCUGAUGGGCUACAUGGGAAACAAGGGAUCCGUUUCAGUUAGUAUGUCUCUUUUCCAAUCACGGCUGUGCUUUGUUUGUUCCCAUUUGACCUCUGGUCAGAAGGAUGGUGCUGAACAAAGGCGUAACUCUGAUGUCUACGAAAUUAUUCGACGCACCCAUUUCUCAUCUGUCUUUGAUACAGAUCAACCAGAGACUAUUCCCUCUCAUGAUCAGAUAUUCUGGUUCGGGGAUUUGAACUAUCGUCUCAACAUGGCGGAUGCAGAGGUGCGGAAGCUUGUUGCACAGAAGCAGUGGGAUGAACUUAUCAGCAGUGAUCAGCUAAUCAUAGAACUACGCAGUGGGCAUGUUUUUGAUGGAUGGAAAGAGGGGGUAAUAAACUUUCCUCCCACUUACAAGUAUGAAAUAAACACGGAUAGAUAUGUCGGCGAGAACCCAAAAGAUGGGGAGAAGAGGAGAUCUCCUGCAUGGUGUGACCGUAUACUUUGGUUAGGAAAACACAUAAAACAACUUUCUUACAAGCGAUCAGACAUAAGGCUGUCAGAUCAUCGGCCAGUUAGUUCAAUGUUCUUGGUUGAAGUUGAAGUGUUGGACCAUCAGAAGUUGCAAAGGGCACUUAAUGUCAGUACUGCAGCAGUACAUCCUGAGAUUUUCCUUGAUGAAGACAGGGAAGAAUUUUAGCAGUCUCCAGCAGGGUAAUUAUGAAGUUGAGAUUAGAGGACUGACCUUUCUAUAUGAUAAAUGGGUGCCUUAAGGCUUCAAGCAUGAAUAAUAUCAUAACAGCAUAAGAGAAAUGUGCAAGAUUUUUUUGCCUUGACUUAUAUAAUAGCUCAAUUGGACAACAAGUUUUUGUAAAGUCUUGCGUCCAAGUAUCUGUUGUGUAAUCAGUGAGUGAAAUAGAGGCAGAAAUGUGCCGUACUACUUCUUAACAGCCCAUGUAACAGAUCUCUUUAUUUCUUUAAUUUCUCUCCUUUUUCUUUUUCUUCAUGCUUUUCAAUCUGAAACCUCAGGGGAUUUCUCUCUCUUCAUUUUUAUGGGAAAAACAUUGGCAUCGAAUUAUAGUGGAA